AUGUUGGGACAUCUGGUUCGCCGGCAUAUCUACGGCCGGUGCGUGUACACGGUCCCGAUACGCACCAUCAACGUGGACAGUUCGACCAAGCUUGGUUUUCCUUGUGCGUACAACGACGAGGAAACGAAGAAAAUUCUCAACACAAUCAAUGAACAGGAAGUGGAGGAAUUGUACAAAUACAACAUCUCCAAGUACCGGUUGAAGAAAAUCGAAGGAUGGCGUAAAAAGUUCGGUUCCUUUCUUUCGCUAGAGCAGGUGCUCGAGCUGGACGGGUUCGGUGUGACGGUGCUACGCAAAUUUUACGAUUCGAUCGUGCACGGUCCGAAUGAAGAUACGGUAGCCGUCACGAAAGCAAUUAAACGAGACGUUAAAUUCACCACCCCGCUGCUUAGUGCUCAGAUGAUACCGAAAAUCAACAGCUGCGUUUCAUUGUACGUCGGGUUGGAUUACGUGACCUGGGCACACUUCAAGCUGGCAAAAGAACAACCAACUGCACUGGCAGGUUGGAACAGUUACAACAUCAGCGACCGUAAGCUGCACAUCAACGAGCUGAUCCGGAACGUGUCGCAAAUGAAUCGGCUCAUCCCUGCAGCGGAUGUAUACGUGGUGGAAAACCCUCCCGUUGCACAAGCCUCGGCCAUGGGGUCGGCCGUACAGACCAAUAUUAAUGUGCAGCGUUCGCAGCUGAUCGGUAUGCUGAUGCUAAUGCUAGCCAACAGAGCUUCACCGUUUGCGGACGGUGGCUUGAACCAGUCGACGGAUGGUUCCAUCGGUAGCAAUGUGUUCUUCCUGAAGCAAUAUCUGUCCGCACGCUUGUUUGGCAUCUUUGUAGGCAACGAACGGGUCUCGUCGGAAGAGGUGAUCCGUUCGAUCAUGGAACGACAGCUCGCACCGAACGAGGAACAGCUUGAAUCGAUGCAAUCCCGCCUAAUCAUACCGUCAGGGUUGAAAAUCAUUUACGAGGAAAACGAUAGUACCGAGCGCGAAUUUCUUGGACAGUCCCUACUGCUUGGGCUAUCGUUUUUGCGGCUUUGCAUAUUCAAAUGCGAGGAUAGUUUGAAAAUAUUUCGUCGAUAA